GAAGGAAGAAAUUUGCUUUUGAAUUUUAGAGUUUCAGCAAAUUCAGGAAAAAUCUGCUUCUGUCCUGCCAACAAAGUAAUAAAACGGUUACUUUGGAUGAAUUUUAGAAUAGUUUUGAUGAAAUUUGGAUGAAUAUGUCCUGAUGGUUUCUCAAAAUAAAAUGUCUUCGUUUGUUUCCAAUGCAGUGCUGUUUGUUGUGUUGGUUUUCGCUAUCAUUGGGAUGGUUUUAGGCACCUCUCUAGCGCCAAAGAAAAUCAUCAGAAGCAAAAAUAACGAAGUUCUUGUUUAUGACGAAGUUUUCAGUAAAAAGUCACUUUCAGUAAUGUCUGAGCUGCUGCAGCGGCAUGGUCCUUGGGAUUUCAUUUAUCCAGAGAAAUAUGAAGGGAUGCACGAGAAUGACAAUGGAAACUUGCACUGGGUUGCCAACUUUUCUCCAAGUGACUUCUCAGUGUCAACUAUAUGGAAGGUACUUAACAAGAAAUUGGAUAGAGUUUUUACUGGGAUCAGAUAUUUUCCAUACAGUGCACAAGGAAUUUUGAUUAAUCGAGGAGACUUUCCAACAGUCAAAAAAGGUGAAAAGGAAGGAGACCUCUUGAUGAGAGUUUUUCUUACCACAAACAUGAAAAAGAACAGUUACAGUGAGCUUCUGUUCUAUAAUGAAAAUGAAGAAAUUGUUGGCUGUGUUUAUCCGAAGUAUGGAAGAGUUGUUGCAUGGAAUGAUACUGUUGAUUUCAUUUUUAAACCUCCGAGCAUGAACCAUGUGACUGGAGAAUACAGUCUGUUUAUCAAAGCAACUUUAGACAAAAGCAAAUUUGACAGAGCUGUUGAAGUAUUUAAGGAUCAUGCAAAGCGGAGAGAAGAUAUUGCUAAAGUGGCUUUUCCAUUAUCAAAUAAUCUGGACAAUUCAAUUUAUGAGAUUGACCUGUCUAAACAUUUAAGAAAGAAAUUUUACGACAGCCAAAACCAAGCAGUUGCUGUCUUUGAUGAUGUUGUACCAAAGGAUGUAUUGUUAGCCUUGAGAGAGUAUUUCUUCCAAUAUGACAGUUCCUAUGUUUACAAUGCUUAUGAUCCUGCCUAUGAUGAAGGACAUGAUAAUGUCAACUGGGUAGCUCAAGUACCUGCAAGACUGCUUCCACACAGCAAAGUCUGGCAAUACAUACACCACAUCACUUCUUAUAUGAGUAAUGAGACAAACUGGCAUCCAUAUGAUGUGUCUAUGAACAUCAUACAGCAUUAUCAUCAUCCAAGGAUUCAUACAGACUGCAGUGAAUGGGAGCACGAGUACACCUUUUUGAUGUACCUGACACCAGACUGGUCAGAGAAUUUGUAUGGAGAAACUAUAUACUUUGAAGAGACUGACAAGGGAAAAAUGAAGAAGGAAAAUAAGGGUGGAAAUGAAAAGUAUGAAACACUAGGUGCUGUGAAGCCAAAAUUUGGUCGCAUUGUAAUAUUUCGAAACAUCAUUGAGCAUUCUGCAAGACCUCCCAGUCCAGAUUUCUUGGCUGCAAGAUACACGUUUGCUGUAAAGGUUAGCAGGUCACCGCAAAUUGCAAUAGCAAAGAAGCUGCGAGAGCUUCUUGGUGACAUUGCGGAAUAUAAUGAAAAUGCAUCACAACUAAUGCAAGAUUUAGAAGAUGGUAAAUACAACAGAAAUCAAAACGAUGGAGACGUAGACUUUCUAAACAAGCAGUAUUCAAAGUUUAAGGAUUUAAAAGAGAAGAUUGACCUCAAAGCCAAAACCCGAAUUUAUAAAGCAGUUUCAAUGAGCAUCCCAAACUAGAGACUUGGAUUGGUGAUCACUUUGAAAGUUGGAAGAACUGCUGAUGUAAUGAUUAGUUUUAGAAACUUGCUGACUGGUUAACAUCCUCCUGAAAUGCAACAAAGAAUUCUAAAGCAACCAUUUGCACCAAUGUCUUUAGUACCAGUCUGUCCUGCCUUCAUGUAUAAUUUGGCUAGCUAGUUAUUUCAAAACUUGGGAGUUAUGAAAGACAAAAUUAUUUGCAUAAAUUAAAUUUGUAAGGAAAUUUAUUCAAGUUCAUAGCAUCUUCUAUAUGGGACCAUUUUCUGUAGACAUUGAGAAUUUAUCUCUAUAUUUUUGACAUAUGUUUUUCUUUCUGACUAUCCUUGACGGUUAAUUACGGCUUCAUCUAUGCUGCUGUAGAGAAUAUUUCUUAGGUCUGGAUUCAAACAAUAUUUCUUUAAUUUUUAAAUACAGCCUAGAUGAAGAAACAAGAACAAGUUGUUCUGGGAAAAUUAUUCCUCCGAUUCUUCCUUCAUAGUCUUUAUUUAAUCUAUCCUAAUCAUACCUCAAUUAGCCAAUGACAUGUAAUUAAUAAGACAACCACCAUAAUUAAUCAAUCCAUUGCUAUCAAUCAGAAGAAUCACUCAAAUAUCACCAAAAUAUCGACCGUCUAAUUUUUGUUGACAUCAAUUGAACUUUCAACACUCUUUAUCGGCAAAGGACUAAAUUCAAUCAAUCAUUCUGGGUCAUCACAUGAAUAGCAGACAUGGGGAUAUUACUCAGGGUCUUCUUCAUUAAUUUCAAAAUUUGGUUACAUUCAACGUAAAUUUUAAAGAAAAAUAAAUCUACUUAAAAUACCAUUGUAAUGUGAUUAAAUAUGCCCUCUCCUGUUAUGAUUAAGCCACUCCCCAACAAAGCCUUUUUGUCCAGUUUUUUGAGUCAAAAAUCUUGUUUUUUCUUAAAUAUAUUGUAAGCACAGAUACUUCCCCUAAAUAAUAUCAAAUUCCAAAUAAACCCCUUUCCAAUAGAUCUCCCCCUAACUACUUGAUAAUAGAUAAUUGGGCAUUAUACAGCAACAACAACA